GGCGACGCAGCGCACCUACCUACCCUGCCCUACUAGUGCCGCUGACGGAACCCUGUGAGACGGUCGGGUGUGUGUGCAUUUGUGUGUGGUGGUCAGCUUCUGCUACUGUAUAUGUCGGCCUGUGAGAGUGACGCAAGUGAUGACGUGCCUGUCUUCAAUGACGUCAUCGACAUCUAGGAUGCCUAUUCGUCGACAGUGAGGCGUGGUCGCUGAUUGGCCGAGCAUACCAUCAGUGAUGAGGUCGAUGAUUUUGACAUGCAAUAUGAUAUAUAUUGUGAUAUAAAAGAUAUUUGAAGACUACAUAUUUAAAACUGGUUACUAGAACAGUAUAUGUAUUGCAGAACGUGCAGUAAAUAUUGUGUUAGUUCAAACAGAUUGUGGCAACACUGGCAUGGAUAAUAGUUGCCAAGACUCGCCAUUACAGUGAGCGGUGUUGUUCUUGAACAGCAGUGAGAGAGCGAGGAGUUGCCCUCAAGACCUGAUGCAGUGAGCAUACGUCCUUCACACACCGCAGCCUCACUUGUGGCCUCUCGUGUAAAUAAACACACCACUGUGACGCAAUACAGACUCUAGACCGGAACUAAGUGCAGUGAUCCGUGAGUUAUGAGUCUACACGCAUGUAAAUACUAGAAAAAGUUCAUAAUAGAUUUGUUACAAAAAACGAGGAGAGAAAGACGAUAUUAAAAACUGUUUGAGGAGAGGGAGUGUCGGGUGAGGGCGGGCAGCUAGCUGGUGCACCACAGAUAGCGGACACCAGCUGGAGUAUGGUUGAACGCCACUACACCUAAGGAUACCUCGACGCCCCACCCCUACCACACCUCACAUACUUAGCCACGAGGAUGAGUUAGCGUGAGUAGCCGCCAUGGUGCUGAUCAAGGAGUAUCGCAUCCCACUCCCACUCACGGUGGAGGAGUACCGCGUCGCCCAACUCUACAUGAUCGCUAAAAAAUCCAAGCAAGAAAGCCAUGGAGAGGGCAGUGGUGUGGAGAUCCUUGUGAACGAGCCUUACGAGGACGGGCCGGGACCUGAUGGCAAGGGGCAGUACACCCGUAAGGUCUACCAUGUUGGUAGCCAUUUACCAGGAUGGCUGAAGUCUCUCAUUCCUAAAUCGGCAUUGUCAGUGGAAGAAGAAGCCUGGAAUGCAUACCCAUACACCAAGACCCGGUUUACCUGUCCCUUUGUUGAAAAGUUCAGCAUUGAGGUGGAAACUUACUACUUUGAUGAUGCUGGGAAUCAGGAUAAUGUUUUCAACCUUUCAAAAUCAGAAAUGAAGCAGAGAGAAAUAGAUUUGAUUGAUGUAGUGAAGGACCAACUAUAUGGGGCAGACUAUGUUGAAGAUGAAGAUCCUCGCAAGUACAAGUCACAGAAAACUGGAAGAGGCCCUCUAGUGGAUAACUGGAUCUCAGAGUACUGGGAAACAUGCAAGGACCAGCCCACUCCAUUGCCUACUGGGGAAGCAAUCAUGUGUGCAUACAAGCUAUGCAAGGUAGAAUUUCGCUACUGGGGCAUGCAGACAAAGAUAGAAAAGUUUAUUCAUGACAUUGCUUUGAGGAAGACAAUGCUGCGAGCCCACCGACAAGCAUGGGCAUGGAUGGAUGAGUGGUGGGGACUCACUAUUGAUGAUAUUCGUAACAUUGAGAAAGAAACUCAGAAGCUUCUUGCUGAAAAAUAUGGACCAGGAGGAAAUGGAGAAGAAGAAGGUGAAGGAGGUGGUGAUAUUUCUGAAGCUGGGACAGAGGUUCCUCAAAGCCCGAGUUUGUCGUCAGACCGAACUCCUAAUCUAGAACAGUUGAGCAAGUGCAGCUCAUUUAGGACUAGUAAUGAUUUAAGUGAAAAUUCUCAUGUUCUCUGUGAUGAAGAAGAGACGGUGGUAAAGAGUGUUGUAAAUAAUAAUAAUAACAAUAAUAUAGGAGGUGCAGACAAUGGGCGACUUUUGGGUGCUAGUCCCAAGCUUCAGAGAAGAGAACUGAAUGUUAGUAUGGACAGUAUACUGACUGAUGAUGCCAGAAAAAGAGGAUCAUGGUCAAGAAGUGGUUCUAGAAACACAUUAAAUUCUCAAAACCAAGCAAAUUGGAGAAUGGAGAGUAUUAGAAGAGAUUCAGAGUCUUCAGGAAGUGAAGAGGAAUUCUUCGACUGCCAGGGGUCAGCCAUCCCCAUAAUAAAGGCUGUUGUUCAUCGUGCAACAUUUGACAUUUCAACUACUCACAGAGAGGACCUUGAGGAGAAUGCAGCAUUACAUAAAUGGAGCUCCUUGGAGUUGCUACCCCAGGAUGGUGACUCUCAAUCAACACCUGGCCAUUCUGGCAAUGAAGAUAGUAUCUUCUCACAUGCGUUCAUGUCACGAGUGGCCGCUGAACGCCACAGUCGAGUGUUGGGCCGCAGCAUGGAGGCUUCAGCCCCAUCCUCCCCGUCUCACUCCCCGUCCCACCAGCCUGGCCCCUGUUCUACCACGGUCCUGCUUCUGGUAAUUCAUGCUGGAUCCGUCCUUGACCCCACAUCAGAUGUGACAAAUAAGAGAAGUGAUGUUACAACAUUCCGAGGAGCGCUGGAGUCAGUAAUGCGUCAACACUAUCCUCAAAUGGUGGGCCAUGUGGCUAUUCGAAUGGUGUCUGCUCCUGCAGUCUGCUCUGAUGGCCUUAAUAUUUUAUCCAGCCUGAGUCCAUAUGGCCUUGAUUCCUCACCUGUGUGUGGAGAAGUUGCUGGAGGAGACACUAUACCAGUGGGUGCUGUGCCCCUUUUAGCCACCACUGUUCCAGAGUAUGAUGAAGCUGUCACCUGGACUCUUAAUGCAACUAAUGGGGCCUACCAUGAGUUCCUCAGAUCAGAAGAAGGGCAAGGUUUCAAUGGUCAAGUUUAUGUUAUUGGUGACAGUAUUGGUGGUGUCUUGGCAUACGAUGUUCUCUGCCGUGUCCAUGAACAACACAGAUAUGGAAGCAAUAGCAACAUUCCUGAGGGAGAACCGCCUUCCCCGGGUCAGUACUACAAGCAGAAGUCUCCUCCAGGACAAACCCAAUCCUCUUCCCUCUCCCCAACCUCCCCACCUUCACUUUCUCCAGACCAACACAUGACUUCAUCACCCUUGACCUCCCCAUCCCCAACUAUCACUGUAAGUUUUGAAAAUGCUUUAACUAACCCCACGGGAGAGGUGUUCUCCCCGUCUUCAGAUGGAAAGUCUCCACAGUCCCCUCACAGUCCUCAGGCUUCUGGUAAAUUCCCAUCGCCUCAAUCUCCCACCAAUCCCCACACUCCCUUACGCAAGAUAUCUUCUCCUCUUCCCACUCCAAAACAUUUAGGCCAACUUACUAGAAAGUGUUCAGCACCUUGCAGCAUCCCUGGAAGUGGUGCUGGGGGAUGGGGGUGUUGGUCAGCUGGAGGAUGUAGUAGCACUCCCACACCAUCACCACCAGGGGCAUCCUCCACUUACCCAUCUACUUUAUAUCAAUCCCACCAGUACUGCAACCCUCUUCACCGCUCCUAUCAUCAGGGUGUUAGUAAUGCCCUUGAUACCCUCACCCCUGGGCCACUGUAUGAGAAGAGAGUUGAAGAAAGUGGUGAAAAUUCAAAGGUGUAUCGCAAGUCCAUCAGCAGUGAUGGAGCACAGCACUCAGACCUGCCCCACUGUCGCUCAGUCUCAGAUUCUGACUACCAUUAUGCCAGGCAUCUGUCUGCUCCUUUUCCUCGCCGUAGAUCUUCAUCUUCCAGUCCGCAGCGCACGCCUUCACCUUCAAGACACAAUACAAGAGAGGUUGAUCAUACUCAUAGCAAAUUGGACUUUGAAGUGUCAGAUUUCUUUAUGUUUGGAUGUCCACUGGCUCUGGUGCUGGUCUAUAGGAAAAUGAUUAAUACUUCUGAUAAAAACUGUACAAUACAACGACCGGCGUGUCAACAGGUGUAUAACCUUUUCCACCCAACUGAUCCUCUGGCUGUUCGUGUGGAGCCUCUGCUGUCUGCCAGGUUCUCACUUCUCACUCCAGUUACAAUACCUCGCUACACCAAGUACCCAUUAGGAGAUGGCAUUCCUACUCAUUUGUUGGAAUGCAUUCAGUCUAAUGGAGGAGUGUUUAUGGACAUUGGUGGGACGACUGGAUCCCCAUCACUAGCGGGACACAACCGUCGUGUGUCGGAUGCGUCAAUUCUCUCCACUGUAUCAGGGAUGGCAGAUACUGUCCCACUUGCUACAAUAAAUGCCUUGAGUCAGCGGUGGUGGGGGACCAAACGACUAGAUUAUGCAUUAUAUUGCCCAGAGGGUCUCGCAAAUUUCAGAACAAACUCUUUGCCACAUCUCUUCCACGCUUCUUAUUGGGAGUCAUCAGAUGUCAUUGCCUUUAUACUUAGACAGAUAGUACGAACAGAUCACUCAGCUCUUGCAGCAGAUGACAAGGACCUGCCAGUGUUCUCUCCUUUACAGCCACGGGAAAAGUGGAUUAAGAAAAGGACUUCUGUCAAAAUCAAGAAUGUUGCAGCGAAUCACAGAGGUAACGACGUGCUGGUGCGAGAAGGAGCACCGCAAUCUUUGCAAGCUCGAUUUAUGUAUGGUCCUCUGGAUAUGGUAGCUUUAUCUGGUGAAAAAGUUGACCUACACAUCAUGCGUGAUCCCCCAGGUGGUGACUGGCAGCAGAUAUCUACAGAAGUAACUGAUAAAAAUGGUCGCAUUGCCUUUGCUAUCCCACCAGACAAAGCUCUCAGCUGUGGCAUGUAUCCAGUCAAAAUGGUGGUUCGGGGUGACCAUACUAGUGCUACACUUUACCUCACUGUUGUACCACCCAAAACUGAAUGUGUUGUAUUUAGUGUUGAUGGAUCUUACGCGUCAGUUUCUGUUACUGGACGAGAUCCAAAAGUACGAGCUGGAGCUGUGGAUGUUGUUAGGCACUGGCAAGAGUUGGGAUACUUAAUAAUUUAUGUGACUGGUCGGCCAGACAUGCAGCAGCAGAAGGCGGCUCGCUACCAGCAUAACUUCCCUCAUGGGCUUGUAUCCUUUGCUGAUGGGCUCUCAAGAGAGACCCUAGGCAAGGCUGAUUAUUCACGAGGUCUGAUCCAAGAUCAUGCUUUAGUACUGAUGGCAGCUUAUGGUAGUGCAAAAGACAUUACUGUAUAUAGUAGCAUUGGUCUUAAAUCUGAGCAGAUCUACAUUGUUGGGAAAGCUAGUAAAAAACAACAAGCAAAUGCACAGGUUUUGACUGAUGGUGCAGCCCACCUCUCCUCACUCUCUGCUCUAGGAAAGUCACGACCUGCCAGAGGAAGCCCUCAAAUGGUAAUACCUCGUGGCUUCUUUGGGCUCCCAGGUCAAAGUAAUGCACUAAGGAGACGUCGGGAAAAGUUAAUGCUUUAUGAGGGAAAUAAUGUAAUGAAAUUACGCCCCAGCCGCCCACUGGUGGGACUUCUCAAAAGUUCUGCCAAGCGGACUACAUCUUUUCCCGUCCGGGCAGCUUCAGCAAGUGAAGGAUUGAUGAGAUCCCGUGGUUCUUCACACUCCCCACGUCCAAACCAUAUGAGUAUGAGAUGUUAACAGUGACAGCAGGGUAUAAGAGCUAAAGAAAUUAAGAAGAGAUGGCAGAAGACUAUUUUGUGUUUGCAUAUUGUAAGAAAACUUGAUUCAUACAGAUUACUGGUGGAAUAGGUUGUAUAGACAGGCAAACCAUUUUUUUUUAUGAAGAGGAAACUGUAUAUAAGAUGAAAAUGUGAAACAAAGGUGGAAAUUUUUGUAGUAAAUAUAAUAGUGUAUAAGCUGAGGGUUAGUGAGGUAACUGUCUCUUAACACCGGAUAGAAGAGGAAGCUGCUAUACUGUACCUCUCUAGUGUCUUGCCAUUGAUAGUGCACUCACUUUAUAUUGAGUUGAAUAAUAUGCUUAUUGUCAAUGGGUACACUUGCCGGGUAAGUGAAUCACUCUUGAAGCAGAUUGCCAACUGACAUGCUUCAUACAAUAUUUGUAUUUUUACAUUUGUUUACAUUCUUGCUAUCAAAGGGUAACACAGUGUCCGUGAAAAAGUGCAUACAUUUUAAAGGGACGGAUCCAGGAAUAUCAAAAGGAGGGGUCCAAGAAUUUGUGGUUGGGGGAACAUGGCGAGCACUGCAUUAAAUAAAAAGUAUUGGAAUUAUCUGAGGAAAAGGUAGGAUCCAGACCCCUAGGACCCCCACCCUGGAUCCUCCCAUUUUUUAUAAUUAUAUCACAUGAGACUGAUAAGGAGAUAAGUAUGGAAUGCACUGGCUAAUAGUGUUACCUGUGUACUGUAUAUACUUUACUUAAGUGUAUCUCCUUAAUAUGGGCCUUAGUAUUAAGGUUAUUUGGACUGAAUUAUUGUUACAAAGUCGGUUACUCUGAACUCUAACAAUGGUAUUGCAUUUUCAGUAACUAAUUGACCCAGUACCAUAUGUGGAAGAGGUCUUUACACAAAAACACUGGUCACAUAUACAUAUUCCAAUUAUGUCUUACAAGCGAUAUUGUAAACUUUUAGUAACCAUGUUAUAAUGGAAUUUAGCUCAGGUUGUAUUUGUGUUAAGUGUGGGUAUGGUACUCUGCAAUUUGUCAGUUCAACAUUAUACAUAACAUUGUACAUUAUUUUGUAAAUGAGUGUUGCUGUCAUUUUUCUGUGUGGAAUAUAGCUAUUAGUUUGAUCACUGACUCUGUCAUGAGUGUAUUGAAUAGAUAAGAAAGUUAUCAUCUGACCUUUGUUUCCAAAUUGUUUGAUUUUUUUAACAAAUAUAUUUGUGACAUGAAU